AAACCAGUCACUGCCCUUGUCACGAAACGAAAAAAUGGAGAGAUGAAGAGGACAUUGGUUACAUGAGUAUAAUAGGGUGUGGACUUCAUAUACCCCACUUGAGCAAAAGAAGGCACACUCUCACUUGAACUCUCAACCCAACCAUCUGAAUAGAGCAGACAACAAUGACUUCUUCCCCAAAUUCUUUUCUUGGGGCAUUUUCUGGGAUCUGUGGAGGAGAACUUGAUUGGAGUUCAGUGUGCAUCCACGCAGCUUUGGUUGAUGCAUCAACUCUAUUCUUGGCCUUUCUGUACUCUCUGUUCUUCCUUGGAUGUCCUACAAUGAGGGGGGUUGACAUUAUUAGAGGAUUCAGAAGAUCCUCUUUCAUCUUUGUGGUAUCCCUAUGUUGUGCCCUUACAAGCAUAUGGUAUCUCUGUGCUACUCUUCGCGAACUCAUCACCAAAGAUUCAACCUUUGAUUCUCUUAACUGGUUGGCAUAUUUCAUAAAAGGAGUCAUUUGGAUUGCCUUUACCUUCUCAUUGCUUGUUCAAGGAUCCAAAGCAGUCAAAGUGUUCAUAUCCAGUUGGUGGGUGGUUUCAUUUCUGAUGAUUUCUUCUCUAAACAUUGAAGUUCUAGUCACAAACCACACCAUCAAAAUUAUCGAUGUCAUCACUUGGACAUUAACCUUCUUGCUCCUCCUUUCUGCUUUGACAAACUUCCACCGUCUAACCCUUUCUCAGCCUGUUUCUGUCAAGGAUUCAUCUGAACCUCUGUUAGCUGAUGAGCAAUCUGAUGGUGGGAGUCAUGGUAUUAGUUUCUUUAGCAAACUGUCUUUUUCUUGGAUGAACCCUUUGCUCAGGUUAGGUAAGUCAAAAACAUUAUUUCUCGAAGACAUCCCUUGUCUAAAUUCAGAAGAUGAAGCAAAGCUAAAUUUCCAGAAACUGUCUCAUGAGUUGGAAAAGAGAAACUCGAGUCUUCCUAAAGCUAUAGCAAGCAUAUACAGAAAAGAAAUGGUUAUUGGGGGUGUAUAUGCACUUCUUAGGUCAUCUGCCGUUGUAGUUUCUCCACUCCUGCUUUAUGCAUUUGUGGUGUAUUCAAGUCUUGAAAUCAAAGAUUUUUCAAAAGCUAUUCUUUUAGUUGGGUUCUUGAUUCUUGACAAGGUUCUUGACUCUCUGUCCGGCCGGCAAUUCUAUUUCUACUCCAAGAGGGUUGGAAUGAGAAUAAGAUCAGCUUUAAUGGCAGCAGUGUAUCAGAAACAGCUCAAGCUUUCAAACAAAGGCAGACAAAGACACUCAACAGGGGAGGUUGUAAAUUACAUUGCCAUUGACGCGUAUCGGAUGGGGGAAUCUGUAAUGUGGUUCCACGUAGGAUGGAUUUCGGUUGUCCAAAUCUUCCUUUCGGUCGGAGUUCUCUUUUGGGUGGUUGGUCUUGGUUCCCUUCUCGGUUUAGCCCCUCUAACUAUUUGUGGACUUCUUAAUGUCCCAUAUGCGAAGAUAAUCCAGAAGUGUCAGUCUGAAUUCAUGGUUGCCCAAGACAAGAGACUAAGGUGCAUGUCUGAGAUCCUAAACAGCAUGAAGAUCAUCAAGCUACAAUCUUGGGAAGAAAACUUCAAGACCAUGGUCGAAUCCUAUAGAAAUAUCGAAUUCAAAUGGCUGUCUAAAGCUCAAUAUUGCAAGACAAUAAGUACUUUAUUAUACUGGACAUCUCCGACAAUCAUAUCCUCCGUUAUAUUCUUAGGGUGUGUCUUACUUAAGAGUGCUGCUUUUGAUGCUGCCACAGUGUUCACCAUCUUAGCGGUGUUAAGGGUCAUGUCCGAGCCCGUCAGGUACUUGCCGGAAGCUCUUUCUGUAAUAAUUCAAGCUAAAGUCUCCCUUGAUAGGAUAAAUUCUUUCCUGUUAGAAGAUGAGAUUAAAAGAGUGGAUGUUAUGGGAUAUUCUCCGGUUGGAUGUUCAGAGAACAGUGUAAGUGUGGCGAAUGGCUGCUUCAGUUGGGAAUCAGAGCAUUUGCUUACAAACAUUAAUGUUGAAGUGAGAAGGGGUCAGAAAAUUGCAAUCUGUGGAGCUGUUGGGGCAGGAAAGUCAUCACUUCUCUAUGCUAUACUUGGAGAAAUACCUAAAGUUUCAGGAACUGUGAAAGUGUUUGGUUCCAUUGCUUAUGUGUCUCAAGCUUCCUGGAUCCAAAGCGGGACGGUCCGCGAUAACAUACUAUUUGGGAAGCCAAUGGACAAAAGCAGAUAUGAUGAGGCAAUAAGAGUAUGUGCUCUAGACAAAGAUAUUGAUAGCUUCGGGUAUGGUGACUUGACAGAGAUAGGGCAGAGAGGAGUGAAUAUGAGUGGGGGACAGAAACAGAGAAUUCAAUUGGCUCGAGCAGUUUACAGUGAUGCAGACAUUUAUCUUCUAGAUGACCCUUUCAGUGCUGUUGAUGCACACACUGCUUCAUCUCUUUUCUAUGGAUGUGUUAUAGAUGCAUUGAAGACGAAAACUGUCAUUAUUGUUACUCACCAAGUGGAAUUUCUUUCUUCUGUUGACCACAUUCUGGUACUACAAGGAGGAAAAGUCACUCAAUCAGGAAGCUAUAACGAGCUCUUGAUGAGGGGGAUGGCAUUUGAACAGCUUGUGAGUGCUCACAAAAAUGCAGUAAAUGCUUUCAAUCCACUGACAAACAAUAAUGAGCAUAUUAAUGGCAUGGAGCUUGAAGACGUCAGGGUGUCUUAUGUAAAUGAAGAGAAUGGACCUACUCCAAUGAAGGAAGGGGCACCACAGCUAACAGAAGAUGAAGAAAAGGAGACGAAUGAAGCAAUGUGGAAGAUAUUCAAGGAUUAUGUUUUGGUCUCAAAAGGAUCCCUUUACCUGAUACUAAACAUUGUGGGUCAAACCGGUUUUGUGGUUUUUCAGGCUGCAGCAAGCUAUUGGCUAGCACUUGCUCUUCAAAACCCAAACAUUAGUCCUCUUAUGAUCAUUGGAGUUUUUACUUUGAUUUCACUGCUGAGUACACUCUUUGUAUCUCUUAGAUCCUUAUUCGCAGCUCUCCUUGGACUCAAAGCUUCAAAAGCCUUUUUCUCUGGUUUCUUAGACUCCAUCUUCAGGGCUCCCAUGCUUUUCUUUGACUCUACUCCAGUUGGACGGAUUUUAACCCGAGCUUCUUCAGACCAGAGUAUAUUAGACUUUGACAUCCCUUUCACUUAUAAUUAUGUGACGGCUGCUGGGAUAGAAUUAAUUGCAACAAUUGGUAUUAUGGCCUCUGUCACAUGGGAAGUACUCAUUGUAGGCAUCAUUUCCACCUUUGCCUCCAAAUAUGUCCAGGAAUACUAUCAACCCUCUGCAAGGGAACUGAUGCGGAUCAACGGGACAACAAAGGCUCCAUUAACGAGUUAUGCAACCGAGACAUCUCUUGGAGUUGCCACAAUAAGGGCUUUUGAUAUGGGAGACAGGUUUUUUCACAACUACUUGGGACUAGUUGAUGCAGAUGCAAAAGUUUUUUUCCACUCAAAUGGAGCCAUGGAGUGGCUAGUUUUGAGAACGGAGACACUACAAAAUCUCACACUUUUCAUUGCUGCUUUUCUCCUAAUCGCACUUCCAUCAAGUUUUCUCCCUUCAGGUCUUGUGGGGCUCUCUCUUUCGUAUGCUUUGGUACUAACAAGCACUCAAGUGUUUUUAAGCAGAUGGUAUAGCAGCUUAGCUAACUAUGUCAUUUCAGCUGAAAGGAUAAAACAAUUUAUGCAUUUAACCCCAGAACCACCAGCUGUGCUGGAAAAUAAUAGGCCAAACUCCUCUUGGCCUUCCAAGGGUAGAAUAGAAUUCCUGGACCUUAAGAUAAGAUACCGUUCAAAUGCUCCAUUUGUGCUCAAAGGGAUAACGUGCACCUUCACUGAAGGCAGUAGAGUAGGAGUUGUGGGGAGGACAGGAAGUGGGAAAACAACGCUGAUUAGUGCAUUGUUUCGCCUAGUAGAGCCUUACAGUGGGAAAAUCAUUGUAGAUGGUCUUGACAUUUGCUCCAUAGGCCUUAAAGAUUUGAGGCUGAAACUCAGCAUUAUCCCACAAGAGCCAACUCUUUUCAGAGGAAGUGUCAGAACAAAUUUGGACCCUUUAGGCCUUUACUCUGAUGACGAUAUUUGGAAGGCUCUGGAAAAGUGCCAGCUAAAGGAUACCAUUAGCAGACUCCCAAACCAGCUAAAUUCUUCAGUGAGUGAUGAGGGAGAGAACUGGAGCAUGGGGCAACGGCAACUGUUCUGCCUUGGAAGAGUCCUUCUGAAAAGGAACAGAAUCUUAGUUCUGGAUGAGGCAACAGCUUCCAUAGACUCUGCCACUGAUUACACUCUGCAGAAAAUCAUCAGAGAAGAAUUCUGCAAUUGCACAGUCAUCACUGUUGCUCAUCGUGUCCCCACCGUCAUAGACAGCCACAUGGUCCUCCUCCUCUCUUUUGGGAAGCUAGUUGAAUAUGAUGAGCCUUCAAAGCUUAUGGCAAUCAAUUCUUCCUUCUCUAAACUGGUUACUGAAUAUUGGUCCAGCUGCAGAACAAAUUCAUGGCAGGAUCUCAACCAAUGAAUACUCUUUAAGAUGGUAGACUAUUAUAAUACUAUGCCAAAAAGAACCAAUAGCAAAUAAAUCAUUUUGAUUUACUUUGGAGUACCAUAGAAGUACGAUUAUUUAGCCUGUCUUGUAUAAAUCAUUCUAAGGUUUAUUCUGACGCAGACAAUUUGUAAUAAAUUUGGGUGCCAUUGGUCAAGACUUGGAUAGAUCUAUCGCCAUUAAUCUAAUUCUCUGAUUAAUUAAGCAAGAAAGAGACAUAUAAAAGAUCAUAUUGAUGUAGCACUUGUUCCUUGUCCAUCGAAAGCAUUGUUCAAUUUAAUCAUCUGCACCACAUCAAGCUUAAAAAGUUUUGCCAUGAAUGAUCUUUAGAUUCACUGUAAGAGCUUCCGCCUCUUCAUUCCAGUGCAUCAGUUGAGUGUCUGCAGUUGGGAGGUCAUAUUUGUUCCAGACAAAACUGAUAUCCCUUCACCAAAAUCUCCAAGGAUCUUUGUAUGGAGGAACAUAACUUUGUGAAGGAGGGAGAAGACGAAAAGAAGCAACACUCUUUUCUAAGAACGGUCCCA